AUGCAUCUUCCUCCCCGGAUACAGACACCGAGGGUUCGAGACCUCAACCGUCUUCUCGCGCGCGACUCCUCCAGCAACGACCCCAGGGAAAAGGGCAUAUCUGUGUCGGUAGUGGCGAUUGCCGUGUCCGGCGGUUUUGUACUCUUCUUAAUCUUCAUAUGGAUGUGCAUGAGGUCGAAACGCAACAAGGCAUCUAAGCGUAACUACUCGAAGCGAUACGGCUACACCCCGACCAGCGGCCAAGAUGACUCGCCGGAGAGUGGGGGAAACACAAGUCGCCCAAGGCAGACGGGUUCGUCCGGUGACAAUGCCACUACCAACCGAGACAGCACUGUCGACAGGAACACGUCUGUUCGUUCCGUAAUGACUCUGCCGGCGUAUCGCAACAAGGCGAGCGAAAACGAACAGGUGCUUGGCCGCGAAGGCGAGCGAGACGGUGUCGACGUCGUGGUGGAGAUGCCGACGGUCGAGGACGCGGAAGCUAUGCGCGAGGAGGAGAUGGAGACCAUGUACCAGAUCCGGCUGGCUCGACGACAGGAGAUCGCAGAGAGAGAAGAGCGGAGGCGACAGCGAAGGGAGGCCAGGGCCCGCGGCGACACGGUCGCUCUGAGCGAGUUGAACGAGCGCGCGAGGGCCGCCAGUCAGUCCAGCGCUGUGAGUGAGCUGCGGGAGGACCACCAGCGCAUCAAGAACCAGCGCCAGCGCGCCGUGUCGAGUGUCAGUUACGCGGACCUGGGUGUCGCAAGGCACGAUGGCACCAGACUUCGAGCCAACAGCAAUGAAAGCGAGCGGAUCGGCCUCUUAUCCGAUGCCGCUAGCAUCGCCCUAUCCACCCGAUCCCCUUCGGCCCUCAGCCAUCGUCGGGACCGAAGUGCUAGCUCAGUCCUAAGCUUCGACAGCACACAAGACUUCCCGUCUCCGGGCCUGCCGAGAUCCGGCGCCACCACUCCUAGAAGAUUAUCGGCGCAGCAUUCGGUCGGCACCAUGACCGCGGGCUCGAGCCCCGAGAUCAUUGGAGAGGCCGAUCUGGGCGAGAUUGACAUGCCUCGCCACGAACCCCCAGGCUACGACGACGUAAGUCUGGACGACACCCGCUCGGGAGCCACAACGCCCAUGUUCAACGAACCGCCCCCGGAUUACCCCGGUCCCGCGGAGGAGCGCCAUCAGAGAUUAAGUGCCCACGUUGCCGAUAUGGUGGACACCGUUGGGCCCGAAGGCGAUCUGAGCGACCGCCGCUCGUCGACCUCUACCGGAGUAACGCGGAACUCUUCGUCGGGGUCAACCCGCGCCACAACCUCCAUUCCACGGUUGCCCAGUCUCAGGAUUGGUGGAUUACCGCAAAUCGUUGUUGAGCCCUCCAGUGCCCACCCCGACCGAUCGAGGGACCGGUGA